UCCGCCGGAGUGCAGCUCUCUCUCUCUCUCUCUCUACCAGGGCGGGGGAGCGAGAGGAUAAGAGCGCGGGCGCAGCGAAAAGAAACUUCCCAGCGCCGCGGAAAGUUCGCCGAAAGAGUUCAAUACCCGGAGUGCGGACGGAGAUUCUUCGCUUUCGCCAGCUCCCUUUCCCUUUGCAGCGUAGGCCGCCGGGGCCGAAUCCGAGACAACUUUUCGCGGACUUCCCCCCCUUUCCCUGCUCCGCUCUACCCUCACCUAAUAACAAAGGGGGCCGGGACGAGCCGAGGGACCGCCCCGUUCGCCACCGCCCCCUUCCUCUAAAGUUCAGCUUGUCCGGCUGGUGAGAGAGAGAGAGAGAGAGAGCGAGAGCGAGAGAGGCGCUUCCCUCCCUCCUUCUCUCCUUCCUUAGGGCGAAGCGGCCGGUGGAAGCGGAGGAGAGAGGCGACCAAGGGGUUCGCGGGGCUGCAACCGAAGUCCAGCCGAGCGCGUCGGGCGAAAGUUGCCUUGUUUAAUAAGCUGCGGCGGGGGGCAGUUUGCCUUUGGCGUUUGCUUCUCCGGGGGCGCUUUGGGUUUCUUUUGGGGAAUUCGGGGUGGGGUGGGGGGAAGUCUUUAGAAAAAGAGCGAAGCCGCAGCCAAACCGCCACGGAGCGGACCUGAGGAUCGACCGUCACACCAAAGUCUCUGCCUCCUCCUCCUUCUCCCCCCCCACCCUCCGGCAGAUAUUAAUUUCCUAACAGCCAAGAGUGUGAGUUCAGCAUGCAGAGAUUUUAAAUAAUUCUAUAUCGUCAUUUUGAACUGGGAGAAAAAAAGAUGGCCCAAGUUUUGGAUAUUGAUAAAGGAUCUGAGGGAGGUAACAAUGAAUUUAGCAACAUCAUUAAAUCCAGAUCUGAUGAGCACAAAGAUGUACAAAAGAAAACCUUUACCAAGUGGAUAAACACUCGCUUUUCGAAGUUUGGAAAACAGCCAAUAAAGGACAUAUUCACAGAUCUUCGAGAUGGGAGGAAACUCUUAGAUCUUUUAGAAGGACUAACAGGGAAUCCACUGCUAAAAGAAUGUGGAACGACUAGAGUCCAUGCUUUGAAUAAUGUCAACAAAGUACUUCAGGUUUUACAUCAGAACAAUGUGGAUCUGGUGAACAUAGGAGGGACAGACAUUGUUGAUGGAAAUCACAAAUUGACACUUGGAUUGUUAUGGAGCGUAAUUUUGCACUGGCAGGUUAAAGAUGUGAUGAAAGAUAUAAUGUCAGAAUUACAGCAAACCAAUAGUGAAAAGAUCUUGUUGAGCUGGGUGCGGCAGUCCACAAAGUCAUAUAAUGAAGUUAACGUUUUGAAUUUCACCACCAGCUGGACAAAUGGGCUUGCUUUCAAUGCAUUGAUCCACAGGCAUAGACCUGAACUCUUCAGCUGGGAUAAAGUCACCAAAAUGGCUCAACAUGAAAGAUUAGAACAUGCCUUCAACGUAGCUAAAAAUAACUUGGGAAUAGAAAAAUUGCUAGACCCUGAAGAUGUUGCUGUACAGCUUCCUGAUAAGAAAUCUAUUAUUAUGUAUUUGACAUCUUUAUUUGAGGUCCUUCCUCAGCAAGUUACUUUGGAAGAUAUUCGAGAAGUAGAGACUCUUCCAAGGAAAUAUAAAAAGGAAUGUGAAGAAGAAGAUAUACAGUGUGCAACAUCUGAGGUUGAUCAUGCAGUUCUAAAAUUGGAAGCAUCCAGCACCUUGAAUGAAGUAGAUAUGGACUUGGACAGCUACCAGAUAGCUCUGGAGGAAGUUCUCGCUUGGCUGCUCUCUUCAGAAGAUGACUUCCUAGAGCAGGAAGUCAUAUCUGAUGAUGUUGAGGAAGUCAAGGAACAAUUUACUACACAUGAAGCAUUUAUGAUGGAGCUGACAGCACAUCAGAGCAGUGUGGGUAGUGUGCUUCAGGCUGGUACUCAACUGAUUGCCCAGGGCAAUAUUUCAGAAGAGGAAGAAAAUGAAAUCCAGGAACAAAUGAAGUUGCUAAAUUCUAGAUGGGAGAGUCUCAGAGUGAGCAGUAUGGAUCGCCAAGCCUACCUCCAUGAUGCACUGAUGGAGCUACAGAAGAAUCAAUUGCAGCAGCUGUCGAACUGGUUGACUUUUACAGAAGAACGCAUUCGAAAGAUGGAAUCUCAGCAUUUAGUUGAAGAUUUGGAAACAUUUCAACAACAGAUGGACGAACAUAAAGUAUUUUCAAAAGAUAUUGAAGCAGAGCAGGUUAAAGUCAAUUCGUUGACUCACAUGGUAGUCAUUGUUGAUGAAAAUAGUGGGGAAAGUGCUACGAUUCUGGAGGAUCAAUUGCAAAGACUUGGUGAACGCUGGACUGCGGUUUGCCGUUGGACUGAGGAACAAUGGCUCAAAUUGCAAGAGAUUAAUACCUCCUGGCAAGAAUUGUUGGAAGAACAGUGUAUGUUGAAAGCCUGGUUGGUUGAAAAAGGAGCUUUAAGCAGAAUACAGACAUGCAACUUCAAAGAUCAAACAGAGCUGAGUGCAAAUGUUCGAAAGCUGGCAAGUCUGAAAGAAGACAUGGGAAAGAAGCGCCAGAUGUUGGAACAGCUGAAUGAGGUGACCCAGGAUUUGGCACAACUCCUGAACAACAAGAAGGCAUUAAAAAAAAUUGACAGUAAUCUUGAAGAACUCACACAGAGAUGGGACAACUUAGUUCAGAAACUUGAGGAUUACUCUAAUCAGGUUUCUGAGGCAAUUGUAAAAGUUGGAAUGCCCCAGAUUUCUCAGAAUGUUCUCACUGAAACAAUCCUGGUCAAGGAACAAAAAACAGUCCAGGAUAUUCAAAUGGAACAAUCUCCACCACCUCUACCAAAGAGGCGGCAAACUGGCCUGGAUACUGAAAUGAGAAAAAGUAGGCUCGAUGUUGAAAUUGCGGAGUUGUUGGAUGGGAUUUUAAAAUCAAAAGCAGCCAUUCAGGCCAUAGAGAUCAAAGAGUACAAGAAGAUGAGAGAGACUUCAGGCAUGAAAGAAAAACUGAAGGCAAUAAAAGAAGAAAGAGUAGAAGAAGAUAAAAUGUUGAAUGAAUUGAAACAGACUGGAGAAAAUCUGUUAGACCAAAUGGGAAAAGAAGGGCUUCCUACUGAAGAAACAGGAAACACCCUUAAGAGGCUCUUGGCAGAAUGGAAAGGGGCUGCUUGCUACUUAGAAGAAGUGGCUAGAAAAAUGCAAUAUCAGGAUGAAAUCAAUAUUUACUUUAGUGAAUUGUGUGAACUCGAUAAGUCUGUGAGCGAAAAAGAAACAUGGCUGCAAGACAAUUCUGCCGUAGUUGAGCAUCAACCAUUAGCAGUGCUGCAGGAAUUGUGCCAGAGGGAACUCACAAACCUCUUAAGUCUGACUCCUCAAAUGGAACAUCUGAAGAUCAAAUGCAGGGAGCUGACAUCUCAUCCUGCUUCUCCAGACUUCAUUGAAGAUAGCUUUUGCUCUUUGAACAGCCGCUUCAGUUCUGCCCAGCAGGAACUAGAACUUAUUCUGCAGAAGCUGAAGAGAGAACUUGAAAGUCAUCCCCCCAAGACUUAUUUGGAUUCUUUGAAAAAAAUUAAGGAUGAGUUGAAUGAAUUAGAAAGCAAAGUGCACUCCAUCAUGAAUUCAGUAAACGACUUGGCUCAGGUUGAAAAAGCCUUGCAGCAGACUAAGAUGGUUUGUGAAACACUAGAAAAUCAAAAAAGCAUGGUCGAUAAACUUGUUGCAGACACACUAUUGGAGAGAAGCAUAUUUCUGCUGAAAAAUCAAACCUAUACAAGCAAGAAUUGAAAUGUUUACAAGGAUACAGGGAUAAAUUAAAACUAAAGAUUUCUAAACAUGUUCACUUAUUGGAAGAAACUGUUUCCAAAUUGA